AGCGCAUUUCGAUGAUGCAGGGUAGGAUUCCGUCUGAGCCCAAGACUUGAUGAGACGAAUCGAAUAGUCUGCUAGCGAGCUCUUCACAUUCUUUCGUCGAGAUUAGGUUAAUGUUAAGUGCAAUAAAGCAUUUUCUUUAUUGCCGUAGAUACGAGAAUUGCCAGCUCACCAAAUUGGCAGGGCGCGAUCCUUCCGCCCCCCCUUAUCGAAGUUACCUUCUUUUCUUUUUCUUUAUCUCUCCUCUAUGGAAAGAGGGGAUGAUACGUGGCGUGGUAUACCUGAUCGUUUGGUCAAGGAGACGUACGUAAGUCGACAUAGCUUCAUGUAUAUGUUCUUUGGAGCUAGAACCCAUAAAUAAGUAAAAUAAAAUGAAAUAAUGGUGAGCCUAGGGCGACGAACAUGGCUCAAGGCUUUCUAUACAAAGCCCUUCUCUUCUUCACUCAAAGAGGCAAUGCACUCUUUGAAUGGUACUUGAUUUCUAAAGAAUCAAUCUUUUGGUUAGAAGUUCUACGGACUUUAUAAAAGGAAAUGCCACGCUCCGCCUGUUACGAGAUAUGGGGCGUUUUAAUCGAAGGGUCAUACUUCUCGGCCCUAUUACGGUAAGAGGCCAAUGCACCAGCCAGCCGGUGUGGUGGCGAACACGCUGUGCUGUAAGCUAAGCUGUUCACCUUGUAGACGGAGGAGAUAUAGAAAGUGUGCCGUGCGUAAUUCAUAAAAUUCUACAGUAGCACCAGUAUAUUAUUCUAUUUCACUUAGCCCGCCUCUCCCAUGACUUUCCGGACCAACCAACCCGGAUCUGCCCUCGAAAGUCUCUCUGCAUUUUGGGAGCAGAGCAUGCAAAAUCGAGCAAUGGAUCUUAGAAAAAUGAAAUUUGGAACGGCACGACUCUUUCUAUUUUUGCGCUGGCAUUUGAGUUGUCUCCCCUCCUCUUUCAAUCGACACACUCGACGCAGAUAGGCUUCGGUGGCCUCGGCUUCCGCUUCUCUCAGGCGGCGACAGCCCCCACCUCCACAGCCACAGCAUGGAAGAGCAGCUUCCUUAAUCCGCACUACAACCAAUCUACAUUUUCUCCAGAUUGAUAUAUGAUGCUAAACCGAGACCGAGAUAGAGAGAGCGGGCUGCCCCUUUGUUGGCUCUUCGAGACAAAAGCACUCAUAGGAAUGGUGCUCAUUCCCAUGUUCCUUCUAGUCUCGUUUGGUUUCGAGAGCCUCCCCCUCCCCCGUCCUUUACUCGUCUUUUGAAAGCCGUCAUCCUGGAUUUUUUUCCGUAUGCCGGGAAAAGUGCCUCACCUUUCUACAAAAAUGAUUCUCAAAAUUUCCUCUCGGGGGUUUCUAUAAACUAUAAAGAGAAUGAAAAGUCCGGGUAGAAGCACAAACAAAAGGAGAGAGGAAAAGUAGAAAGGGGGGGAAGAAGUCUAGUGCUAGUUCUUACUGAAACUUCUUUAUCUAACUUUCAUUUUUUUAGUGGUUUCCCUGUUCUCUUAUUUGGAUUGAAAGAAAGACAAAAAAAACAAAACUUCCCUUUCUUUUUUAUCCCUUCGACGAAUUGCGUUUUGCCAGAGAUAUUUUUUUAGAAAGAUUCUCCAUUGGAUAAAAAAUGAAAAAAUAGAAAGAAUCUAAAUAAAGGCGCAUACGCGGGAAGGGGGCCCCACUACUUCUUCAUUCAGGGGAGGGACUCGCCUCAUUACUUCCCACUGGGCGAGAGGUGCACCUAACCCACCUACCCACUCAUCAAUCACGGUGUUCAGCUGACUUGCACUGAUGGAUCCCUAUUGUAUUGGAAUUAGGCGCCCACCUUUUUCAUGUUGUCAACUAAUCUUUUCAAUGUUCGAUUCUACUCUAUGUUAGAACAUUUCUGUGAAUGCUAUUCUGAUUUAAGUGGUCUUAUUCUGUGUCCUGUGCUAGGAAGCAUUACUCCUCUUUUCAUUCCAAAUUCAAGAAUACGACCGAUACGAUUGAUUGGUCUGUGUGCCUCUCUUAUUACUUUUUUGUAUCCCCCUGUUCCUCGGAUACAAUUUGAUCCUUCUACGGCCAAAUCUCAAUUUGUGGAAAGCCUUCGAUGGCUUCCUUAUGAAAACAUCCAUUUUUAUUUGGGUAUAGACGGUAUCUCUUUAUUCUUCGUGAUAUUGACCACAUUUCUGAUCCCUAUUUGCAUUUUAGUGGGUUGGUCUGGUAUGAGAAGUUAUGGGAAAGAGUAUAUUACAGCAUCUCUAAUUCGUGAAUUUCUAAUGAUCGCCGUGUUCUGCAUGCUGGAUCCUCUACUAUUCUAUGUUCUUCCCGAAAGCGUGCUAAUCCCUAUGUUCAUUAUUAUAGGGGUAUGGGGUUCGAGACAAAGAAAGAUCAAGGCAGCAUAUCAGUUUUUCCUUUAUACUUUACUUGGAUCUGUUUUUAUGCUAUUAGCUAUUCUGUUGAUUCUUCUCCAAACAGGAACCACCGAUUUACAAAUUUUAUUAACCACAGAAUUUAGUGAGCGGCGCCAAAUCUUUCUAUGGAUUGCUUCUUUCGCCUCUUUCGCCGUCAAAGUGCCUAUGGUACCAGUUCAUAUUUGGUUACCCGAAGCUCAUGUAGAGGCACCUACGGCAGGAUCCGUCAUCUUGGCAGGAAUUCCUUUAAAAUUGGGAACCUACGGGUUUUUAAGAUUUUCAAUACCCAUGUUUCCCGAAGCGACACUUUGUUCCACUCCUUUCAUUUAUACUCUAAGCGCGAUUGCUAUAAUAUAUACUUCCUUGACCACUUCAAGACAGAUCGAUCUUAAGAAGAUCAUUGCUUACUCCUCAGUAGCCCAUAUGAAUCUGGUGACUAUUGGUAUGUUUAGUCCGAACAUACAGGGAAUUGGAGGUAGCAUUCCACCAAUGUUAAGUCAUGGACUGGUUCCUUCAGCCCUUUUUCUAUGUGUUGGUGUUCUAUAUGACCGACAUAAGACUCGACUUGUUAGAUAUUACGGAGGUUCAGUGAGCACCAUGCCGAAUCUCUCUACCAUUUCCUUCUCUUCCACUUUGGCCAAUAUGAGUUCACCUGGUACUAGCAGCUUUCUCGGGGAAUUUCCCAUCUUAGUAGGAGCUUUCCAAAGAAAUAGCUUAGUAGCCACAUUAGCAGCGCUUGGGAUGAUUUUAGGCGCGGCAUAUUCCCUUUGGCUAUAUAAUCGUGUGGUUUCUGGAAAUUUAAAACCCGAUUUCCUCCAUAAAUUCUCCGAUCCAAAUGGCAGAGAAGUUUCCAUAUUUAUACCUUUUCUUGUUGGAGUUGUUCGGAUGGGUGUUCACCCCAAAGUGUUCCCGGACCGCAUGCAUACAUCCGUAAGUAACUUAGUGCAACAUGGCAAAUUUCAUUGAGAGGAAUCAGCAAAGAAAAGAAA